GAUUAGACGAAGAAUUUUAGCCAUUUUAGUGUUUGUGGUUCAAUUGGGAAAUGCAGCGCGAAUACUGGCGGUGCUCCCGAUGCCAUCAAUCAGCCAUCAAUUGGCAUUCCGUCCAGUUAUUCAUGGUUUAGUAAAAAGAGGGCACGAAGUGACAGUUAUUACUCCGGAUCCAGCCUUUAAUGAAACAAGUACUCUCGCAAAUUUAACAGAAAUAGAUGUCCAUGAUGUAUCAUAUUCAAUAAUGCGUGAAGUUUUUAAGCAAGUUAGAGGUGAGAGGAUGGGUUUUGGAGAGACUGCAAAACAUAUGCUUGAACUACUUUUAUUUGUGUUUGAACAACAGCUGAGACAACCUCAAGUGCAAAAAUUAUUGAAUACUGACAAAAAUGAUUUUGAUCUUAUAAUUACUGAAUCUUUGUAUCGAACUGCUCUCUGCUUUGGUCAUUUAUAUAAAGCCCCUAUUAUACAAAUUAGCUCCAUGGGUACAAUAGAAGAUAUAUACAAAAGGUUUGGUGCACCUAACCAUCCUUUAUUGUAUCCUUUACCCAUGGCGCAAAGGAUUUAUAAUCUUUCAUUUACUGAAAAAAUAACUGCACUUUGGAAUGGAGCGCUAGGAGAAUAUGCGUUUUCUUCCACAGUAGAUAUUGAACGAGAAGUAAUGAAGAAAUAUUUUGGUGACGAUUUGCCCAGCUAUAGUGAUUUAGAAAAAAAUGUACAACUUUUAUUUUUGAAUGAACAUCCACUUUGGGCAAAUAACCGACCUGUUCCACCGAAUAUAGUAUUUAUUGGUGGUAUACACGAAAGACCUGAGGUCAAAUUAUCAAAAGAUCUAUUAAAUCUUUUAGACUCCUCAAAAAAUGGCAUAAUUUAUGUUAGUUUUGGAUCUAAUGUGCAAACAUCCUUCCUACCAUCGCAAAAAAUUACAAUUAUGUUGGAAGCUUUCUCUCAACUUCCAUUUGAUGUAUUACUAAAAUGGGAAAAAGAUGAUAUUUUACCCGGUCUCCCUGCAAACGUAAAAGUUUUCAAAUGGUUCCCUCAAUCAGAACUUUUAAAACAUCCAAAGAUAAAACUUUUUAUAACACAAGGCGGACUUCAGUCAACGGAUGAAGCUAUCAAUGCAGGAGUCCCGCUAGUAGGAAUACCUAUGAUGGCAGACCAAUACUACAAUGUUGAGAAAUAUGUUCAUCUCGGCAUUGGCUUGCAACUGGAUAUAAAUACACUAACUUUUGAUGAAUUUAAAAACUCUGUAGAGACAAUUUUAUACGAAGGAAGAUUCAAAACCAAUAUACUGAGACUUCGAGGUAUUAUGAGAGAUCAUCCAGUCAAGCCAUUAGACUUGGCAAUUUGGUGGGUUGAACAUAUUUUGGAAUACGGCGGUUCACAUCUACGAUCACCAGCUGCAGGAAUUUCAUGGACAGAGUACUAUGAAAUCAAAUUGAUAAUAACUAUAUUAAUAAUUAUUGUAUUAACUGUUGUGGCAUUGUUGUCUUUGGUAUGUUAUUUUAUUAUAUUAGGGAAGAAUUCACUUUCAAUUAUUAUAAACGGAAAAAAGAAUAAAGUUGAUUAAAAUAGAAAAGGUAUGUGAUUUUUAUUAGUAAUUAUAUAAAAUUGAUCUGGAGUGUAUUUUAAAUGAAAUAGUUACAAGGAUGCCAUCUGAAAAUCUUAUUUUACUUUUAAUGUCAGUAGUUAGGAAUAUGGCUCAAUAAAUAUGAUAAAACACCUUGGCAUUUUCGAGUUUAAUUUUAACUUGAAAUGAGGUAUUAAGGUACAAUUUGUAUUCACACAAUUAAUGCUAAUUUUGUAACUAUAAUUAUUUCAGGUUUACUAGGAAAUUUUAAGUAGACAUUAUUGAUUAAACGAGGUUAACAGACAAAUCAAACUUAUCUUUAUUCGACUG